GCCCUGGACACUUGGCGUAUGACGUAAGCGGGGUACCGGACGGGAUCCGGGCCUGCACUGGGCAAACACAAUUUCCCUCCUUCUGCCACCAUGGGGCCAGUCAAUGGCAAAUGCGGGGUAUACUUUACGAGCUUUAUAUCUGUUACGCUUGCCUUUAUAGCUGCGUUAUGGUUUAGAAGGGUGGCUAGGAAUGAGCUUCCUGUUAUGUAUGACUUUGACCGCAAAGUUUUGCCAUACCACCCAGUCGCUUCGGGAUAUGUGAAUACUCAUCGACACCCUGAUACGACCGCUGUUAUUCUGAAUUGGUCUCGCUUCCCAAACGUCCGGUCAAUUUCCUCAUCACUAUGUGGACCAUGGCUAGAUACAGUGAUCUCAGAAGUACUCAUCUGGAAUAACAGUCCAAGGAAACUUUCAUACGAAGUAGGCAGCUUCAACGCUCCUCUGCCAUCAGAUACUAUACAUAAAGGCAAUUGUUAGGAUUUCGAAGGCACUGAAUGCCCGUUUUAUGGCUUGUGCUGAAGCCACUACACCAUACUGCUUUAUACAGGACGACGAUUACCUUGUUUCUUCCAGCGUGAUGCACAGUCUGGCUAGCCGAAUUGCCUCGUUCAAUCACCCCCACACAAUUCAUCUUUCACCCUCUCAUGAGCACCUGUCCACCUCUCUACGUGAGAUCCAUGUCCCCGGGAGGGAGGGUAGCUACUACCAUCCCUCAAUUCAUACCUCAUUCGCUUGGCUGGGAUAUGGAACUAUCCUCGCUCGCUCAGAAGCGUUAGAUUUUCUUGAUCUCAUGCAUCAUCUCAAUGCGUCAGACGAGGAAAUGAAGAUGGCGGACAAUUACUACACUAUCCUCAGCAACCGAGUCCCGGAAGUUUGGUUCUAUCAGGACAUCGAACUGGGCGGCGGCGAGCCAUUCACCGUUGGCUCCGAAGGACAUGAACGAAAUAAUAAACAUAUACUCCGCGCUGCUGAAUAUUUGACAAGCAUUGUUGAGUCGAUAGCUUCGCAGAGUAUUUCGAAGCUUCCAUACGUCUUCCUCGGUAACCGUGACAUGUCAGAUCCGAUCUUUCGAGCUGCAUGCCGGCAGAUAUCUUGCGUUCUCGAGACUAACAUUCCCUUACUCCCAAACGGCACGACACACUCUGCACAAGAUGCACGCGAGAUAUUAUCCGUUGAGAAACGUAACCUCGAAAUACUAGGACCUAACGCGCAGAAGUCGUACAUUGACCAUCCCUUGUCCAUGGCCGUGGAUGGGGAUUUCGGCACAUAUUUUCAUAGUAUCAGAGGUGCACGUGUCGGAGAUACAAUCACUCUGGACUUCUUUGCGGAAGUUAGAGCACCAGAACGGCGCCAUCUAGAGAUGGCAUGGCUAGUUGACACCCACACUGUACAAAUUCUUCGCCAGAGUGAAUUUAGCUCAUCUUUAGACGGUGUUAAUUGGCAUACGGAGGCAUCCAAGCCAACCUGCCGUCUCGUGAACGUUUAUACAACCAUAGCGCAAUUCACAGACGAAGACGUCUUUGAGUGCAGCGUACGUUUCUACAAUGUUACAGAGGUCUCUACGCGACAGACAGGCUGCCGAUUAUUCCGCACGACAUUUACGGGGUCUGGCCGGGCGGGAAAUACUUUGAGGUGGAAGAUUUACGAACUUUGGAUACGCCACGAGAUAGCUGACCCAUUAAAGGAUUAAGCACUGUUAUUAUUCCUGUAUACUGAGCCAACAGACAGCAUCCUCAACAUCUGAAUGUAAUAUUUUUGUCGAAAUAUGCUCUGACACAUUUUGCCUC